CAGUAGAAGAUUCUGACUCUGGUCUACACAGAGAGAGUAAAGAAGACGACUGAUUAGCCAGUAUGAAGAUACUCAGUGUUGCUAUAACUCUGGGCAUGGUGUUCCUACCCUCUGCGAACACACAGGAAGGUCACUGGCCUGUUCACACUGUGUGCAACACAAACAAGAUCCGAGUCAAAUACAGGAGCUGUGACCCACUACAGGACAUAGGUUUUACUCUCCUCAGCCCGUGUGCUCAGCUGUGGACAGAGCCAAUUAAACCGAGACUGAUCGUCCCUCUGAGGCAAUCCGUUGAUGAGCUUUACCUGUCUGUGGAUGUAACUCUUGAUGGAAUUCCCACAUUGCAUCUUGAUGAGCCGCUCUGCCAACCCAACUUCCCUCGCUACAUCAACUGUGGCAGCAGAAAAGGAGAACUGAUCAAUGUGGACGGAACUUUGGAUAAACUGCCACCCCACCUAACGGGUCAGUACAACCUGAUAUUCAGUGCAAUAAAUCAAAACGGCUUCCAAAUUGCCUGCGUGAAUUCCACUAUUGAGCUCCUGUGAUCAGAAUGAAAAAAGAAAACGUGAGAAUUCUUCAAAUCCACAUGUGAAAUAAUUCCUCUGUAUUAAAUUAAACAUAAAAGACAUGAAUUAAAAAAAUAUGUCUAUGCCUAUUAAGUGUAAGUGUAUAAAUGUUUAUUGUGGCUUUUAAUUCGGUCCCUAACUAUUUUUGUAAUUGAUAGAUUAAAAUAAUCAUGUUUUAAAAGACACAUUGUUGUUCAUAGGAAAUGUCAUUUGUUCAGUUGUGUGCAGAAUUGGCUGCUUAAAAUUAAUUUCUAAAGUCACUUUUGGAGUACAAAAAGCACUGGUG